GCGCGGGGUUCCCUAUCCGUUACUCGGCUGUCACCGUACAGGUAGAGACUCCGGUGAAAUCAUGGCGGCCGCCAUCACGGAACUUCCGGUUUGGAAAAGAAGCUGACGGAUCAGAGGGCACGAUUCCCGAUCCCUCACUUGGAUGCUGCCGUACAGCCAGGGAUUACUGUGAAGACAGGCGGCCCCCCAUCAAGGAACUUCCGGUAUGUGGAGGAAGCUUCUGGGUCAGAGGGCGCGGUUCCCAAUCCGAUUACUCGGCCGCUGGCAUACAGGCGGAGGCUCCUGUGAAGAUAUGGCGGCCCCCGUCCGUAUACUUCGGGUCCGGAAAGAGCGCUUCCGGGUCAGAGUACUCGGGUCCCGCGAUAUUCAUUGAAUAACAGUCAGCGCCCCGUCAAUUUAACAAGCAGGUGAGGGCGGCGGAAAAGGGGGUCACGGUCCCAUGGAGAAGGGUCCGGAGAAGAUCGGAGUCGGACCCGGGAACAAAGCGGGUAGCGGGUACGGAACGAAAGCGCCAAGGCGUCACCGGGCAAGGUACAUCCGGCGGAAGCCGACCCGAGUCCACGGGCGCCGGUGUAGUUCGGUUAGGAUCGCGGAUGCGGCAGAAGCGCUUCCCUCUGUGGCGGUACUUUUUUCGCGCAACCGAAAGAGUUCCUCUAGUCCAACGGUACUUUUUUCGUGCGUCGGGAAGCGGAAGCGCGUCCCUCGUCCGUCGGUACUUUUUUCGCGCGUCCGGGAGCGCGUACCUCGGCCGGCGGUACUUUCUUCGCGCGCCCGGAAGCGGAAGCGCAUCCCUCGGCAGGCAGUCGGUUUUUUUCGCGCGCUGGGAAGCGGAAGCGCGUCAGCGAAGUCCGGGCGUCCUCCAGGCAGCGUUGCUGACGGAGCGGCGGAGACCGCGGGCGUGGAAGGCGGAGGCCGCGGCUGCCCAGGACGGAAGCUCAGCCCGCGCCGGUGAGUGGGGAACCGAAGCCCCCGCAGCCAUGGCGACCGCCGCCGCCACUAUCGUUCACGACCCCUCGGAGGCGGUGCCACUGUGCCCGGCGCUCGGCCUCUACCUGAAGCCUAUCACGAAGAUGACGAUCAGCGUGGCUCUGCCUCCGCUGCGGACACCAGGGAAGUCGAUCUCGAACUGGGAGGUGAUGGAGCGGCUGAAGGCCAUGGUGGCGGGGGCGGGGGAUGGUGUGCAGGCACAGUCCGCGGACGGGGCGGAGUCAGCUGCGCCCGCGCCACCCGCCGCGCACGCGCAGUUCUCGGCGCUGCGAAUCGCCAAGAGCACGCUCGACUUCAUCCGCUUCGAGGGCGAGGUGGAGAAUCGCGCGCUUGUGCGCCGCUUCCUGGCGCGGCUGGACGGCAAGACCAUUAAGCUCAGUGGCUUCCCAGACGCGCUGCGCGUGCGUGCCGCCGAGUUCCGCCCAGACUUCCCAACGCGCCACGACUGGGACUCGUUCUUCCGUGAUGCCCAGGACAUGAACGAGACGCUGCCGGGGGAGAGGCCGGACACCAUCCACCUGGAGGGGCUGCCGUGCCGCUGGUUCGCGCCCCGGGGUGACACCACGGCCUCCUCUGCGUCUUCUGGCGGCACUUCCAUUCCUGGCGCUUCUGCUUCCAGCGCUGCUCCAGCCAACACUACCGCCAGCAGUGGGGCAGAGCGUCCCAGUGAGGCACUGCUGCGCCAGGCCUUCCGCGUCUUUGGCGACAUCAGGCGCGUGGACAUCCCGAUGCUUGACCCGUACCGCGAGGAGAUGGCUGGGCGCAGCUUCCACACAUUCGGGUUCGGAGGCCACCUCCACUUCGAGGCCUACGUGCAGUACCGCGAGUAUGCGGGCUUCGUGCGUGCCAUGGCGGCACUGCGGGGCAUGAAGCUCAUGUUCCGGGGGGAUGACAGCAAGGCGGUGGCCUGCAGCAUCAAGGUCUCCUUCGAUGCCACCAAGCACCUGAGCGAUGCCUCAAUCCGGCGGAGGCAGCUGGAGCGGCAGAAGCUGCGGGAGCUGGAGCUGCAGCGCGAGGAGCAGAAGCGGCAGGAGAGGGAGGCUGAGGAACGGCGGCGAGCGGAGGAGCGGAAACAGAAACAGCUGGAGCAGCAGGAGCGGGAGCGCCGCCGGGAAGAGAAGCUGCGCAGGCGGGAGCAGCGCACACGGGACCGGGAGCAACGGCGAAGCCAGCGCAGGGCAGAGAAGCUGCAGGCAGAGGAGCAGCGGCGGCUGCAGGAGAGGAUCCGCACCGAGGAGCGGAAGCUGCUGCUCGCACAGCGCAACCUGCAGUCCAUCCGGCUGGUGGCGGAGCUGCUGAGCCGCGCUGAGGCCGCAAAGCUGCAGCAGCAUGAGCGCAGCGAGGAGCGGCGGCGGCGGCAGCGGCAGGAGGAGCGGCGGAGGCUGCAGGAAGCUGAGCUGCGCCGCGUGGAGGAGGAGAAGGCACGGGCACUGGGGCUACAGCGGCGGGAACGGGAGCUGCGCCAGCGCCUGCUGUCCCUGCUGCUCAGCCGCCGUCCCACCGACCCCGCCACCUGUGAAGACCCCGCAAACCCCGGCAUCCCCGCCCGGGCCGAUGACCUCCUGCGGCCUGUGCUCGACAUCCUGCACCGCGUGACCCACGCACGGGCACCGCCAAGGGACCCCGAGCCCAAGGCCCCCCCCACAGAGCCCGCGGCCCCCGCGCAGGUGCUUGCUUGCAUCCGCGAGAACGCACCGCCUAAGCCAGGCGGGUCCCCUGCACGUGAGCCACCUCAGCCUCCACACGACCGUGACGACCACGACAAGUGCAACCGUGAGCCAGAGCCCACGGGGGACACGGAUUCUGGGCAGGAGGGGCGUUCGUGCAGCUAUGGCGUGGGGGAGCGGCCACGGCAGCACCAAAAACGCGCGCGUGUAGACUGCCACGUGGACACGGAUGGGGAGGAGGAGCCCACGCGGGACCCAGAGCAUGAGCAGCAGCGGCUCCGCGAGAAGGACAAAGAGCGCGGCCGGGAGCGGAAGCAAAGCCGCCAUGGGCGCCACUCGCGGUCCAGGUCGCGCUCACCACGGAGGCGGAGCACGUGGAACAGGUGAGGGUGCAGGCAGUGCCCCUGGACGGCCGCGGUGCAUGUUGGGAAGCCGCCAUCGGCGCCCACUGACCACAACAGUGUGGUUACGGGGGUUUGUAUUUUUGGUUUUCCCCUAAGGAGUUCACGUUACAUUUUUUUCUUCCUGGGUGCAAACCCGCCAUGCAGACCGGAAUAGGUGGGAAACCCCGGGCAUCACAUGACUAUAUGCGCCCUUUAAUGUUUAAUAAAAUCUUUUCCCUGCA